AUGGACCCUCAAUCACCGCCGAAACGGAUGACCAGGGCCAGGGCAGCUGCGAAGGCCGCGGACACGUCUUCUACAAGGACGACAAAGAUUGUCACUGCCGCCACCAAGGCCAAAGCGACCCGCACAACCACCACCUCAACAAAGAGGAAACUCAGAUCAGAGGACAUCGACCAAGACGACGAUGACCACGACGAGCUUGACACUGAGCACCAGCCAGCAGCCAUGAAGGCCACAAGACCCACACGGGGACGCCCAAAGAAGGUUGCUGUCGAAGAGCACCCAGCAUCAGAGUCGAAGUCCACAGCAGCUCCGGCACGAGCGACACGAGGCCGCCCAGCCAAAAAGGUGGCACCCGAACCAGUAAAGUCGGAGCCUGUCAAGGCAACCAGGACUGCAAGGGCAAAGAAGGUCCAGCCAGAAGACGAGUCGGCAAAUGCAUCUGCCGAGCCCGCCAAGAAGACCACCAGAGCCCGGAGCGGAACUACGACAAAGUCCACCACGGUCAAGAAGACGGUCAAGUUCGAAGAGCCCGAGAAGGAGAACAUUAUCCCGGCCCCCGCUUCAAAAUCCAAGGCUACUGCAACAUCUUCGGACGCCGCCACCGGGCUGAAGGCAAAGCCUGUGCGCCGUGCCGCUGUCGCCACCAAGACAGGUCGUUCUACUCGCACAACGAAAGCCCAUGACGCCAAGGAGGAUAAACCUGCCGUCCCUCUCAGUCCCAAGAAAGUCACCCAGGUGGCUGCCUGCAGAGACAUGGACUCGGACGACGAGCUGGGCGUCAUGGAAGAGACGCGUUACAAGCCGCUCUUGAAGAGCCCAGUCAAGCCACCAGCAAGCGCCAGAACCGAGCCUAAGCCUGCGGAGCCUCUCUCUCCUGAGCGGACUGAAUCCAGCACUGCCCCUCGAGAGCUUUCUUCCAUCAUCCUGGGCAGUCCUGCUCGCAGGCCACCCCCUUCUCCUCUCAAAGACACUAUGAAGUCACCUGCUCGGCGACUAGGCCCCGCUGCAGCUAGUCUGGAGCCUCCCAGCACAGAUGGCACGCAGAAAGCCAACCCGACUUCCUUCAAAGUUUCUCUUCUUCAGUCUCCGGCCAAGCGCCCUCAAUCCCCUGUCAAGUCAUCUCAGUCUAGAGACCCGGCGGAUCUGAAGCCUGGUUCACCCUUCAAGUUGUCGUUGCUUGGAUCUCCGGCCAAGAGGCCCUUCUCGCCAGUCAAGGCCUCUGCACCAUCCAGGAGACAGGGGUCGGACAACCUGGACGGGCCCCCUAUACCAAAAUCCACACUACUUGCCACACCCGUCAUGGAUGAUCCUUUCACUAGUGCGAAGGCUAGCGACGCUGUCGAGGAAGAGUCCGAGGUGGCUUUGGCUAUGAGCGAGGAGACCCAACAUUUGGAGUCACCCGAAGAUCUUGAAUUCCCAGGCAGACUAUCUGCGGUUCUCCCACGACAUGCAGACCCUGCUCUGAAGGACACCUUGCUGGCGGUGCCCAAGAUUACAGAGGCAAAUGCUGCCACUGGAAUUGCCGCAGAGAGUGACUUUGCCGAAGAUCUGGGCGAUCCCAUGGAGGUCGACGAGAUCACUGCUGUCCCUGUGGUGGAGUCGCCGACGACUGAGGAGGUUGUGCCCCAGCAGCCAGCGCGUCCUUCAUUCAGUCUGAGGCAGAAAGACUUGGAUCCCUACGACGAGGCAGACUCGGAGUCGGACGAUGAGUCGUCCUGCAAAGCCCGACGUAGUGCGCAGUCGCUUUUCGGAGUCCCGGCUACCCCUUGCCCUAGUGGAAGCUCGCGCACACCCAAGAGCAACGGCACCGCGCGCAAAUCUUCGUGUGGUAGCAUGAUCAAGCGAAGGACCACCAACUUUGGCUUCACACCUUUGGCUGAUCAACUCAGCGGUUGGAAGGCCAGCAGCCCACUCAAGACCGGAUAUCGGGUCGAAUCUGACAAGACCCCUGUUGCGAAACCUGAAGCAACCCUCACUGUGAACCGUGGAGAGGCAUCCAUGCUCGAAGAGUCUCCAGCAAGAUCCACCUACUUUGAUGACGAGAUGUCCGUCCGACCUGCCGCAGACUGCAGUAAUGAGGCCGAAUCGCCUAGGGAGGAGAGCUUUGGAGAAGAUGUCGAGACUCCGGUCUUCGAGGAGAUUACUCCCACGGAGGAGGACAUGGCACUUGCUGCCGAGGCCAACGAGAUGUCACUCAUGGAGCCGGAUCGCCUUGGGGAUCUCAUCGAGGAUCAGUAUGAUGACAGUACUUCGGAGGCCAGCCAGGAAUAUGGCGACGAGAACUCUAUCCCGAUAGACCCUACGCUUCUGGGAGCCAAGACUUCCCCUGGCGUGCCGGCGACAACUCCCAAGCGACCGAUCACGACUCGGGAGUUCCACACCGUCUCCAAGGUACCACUCAAGCCGGCGGAUGAGUCGUCGCCGCGUCCAGUCAUCAGGAAACGCAGCCACAGCAUCUCACGACUGCCCAUGUCGACCAAUCGGCCGACGGGUGGGCUCACUAGAAGUGCCACAGUCAUCUCGUAUUCGCCGAGCAAGAAAGAGCGGCAGCAAAACAGCUUCGAGGCCGCCCUGGCUGAUCAUGCGGAGGGAGAGAGUCAGCGUGCUGGCUCCGUUCCACCAGAGACGCCAUCCAAGUCUGAUGCUGGCUGGUCAGUUGCCGGAACACCGGCGAGGACUCCCAAGCGAGACGUGGAUCCGGCCUUGUUGCGUGGAGCAGUCGUGUUUGUUGACGUGCAUACGAGCGAGGGCGCUGAUGCCAGUGGCAUCUUUGUUGAGCUCUUGACUCAGAUGGGUGCGAAGUGCGUCAAGAGUUGGCCGUGGAACCCCAGCAGCCCGCCUCCCAAGGAUGGAAACGGAAGCAGCACGUCGAGAAUUGGCAUAACACACGUUGUCUACAAGGAUGGCGGGAAGCGAACCAUGGAGAAGGUUCGCGAGAGUGGUGGUGUGGUGCAAUGCGUCGGUGUCAGCUGGGUUCUUGACUGCGAGCGUGAGAAUGAAUGGCUGGAUGAGGCGCCGUACUAUAUUGACACGGAGCUCGUCCCUCGGGGUGGCGCCCGUCGCCGCAAGAGCAUGGAGCCCAAAGCUCUGGCCAGCCUCAAUGGGGUAUUGAUGUCGACGCCCGCGAAGACUGGCCACUCGAACCAAGCACGGGAGUGUCACACUGCGCCGAGCACCCCUGCCAACCGGCGUGACAGCGGCCUGUGGAUGCGCACUCCCGAGGACGACCCCAGCCCGCAGGACAAGGAUGCUGAGGGCGAGGAUGAAGACGCCGAGUGGGACAUGUCGGGCAUGCUCACACCAGUCCCCAAGACACCGGCGCCAGAGAUGAUUGCCCGGUUUGCGGCGGACGUCACGCCCGACACGCCGUCUGAGUUUGACGACGACGAGUCUGUCGGUGCGUCUCGAGAAGAGUUGAUGAUGCGGACGUGUCCUCCCAAGUCGAGCAAGUACCAGGUGAUGGGUGCCGGCAUCCUGUCACCCGAAAAGGACCAGGGCGUGAUGAUGAGGUUGAUGGCUGCCCGGCGCAAGAGCCUCCAGUUUGCGCCCAAGAUCGGCAGCCCGCUGGCGAGGACCUGGAACUAG